AUGGCAAUGUCUAAGGUAACGGAUGUGAUUGCAGACCUUCCUGUGGCUGUGAAGGUUGCAGGCGGGGUUGUACUUACAGGGGCAGUUCUGGCAGGUGUGGUGAGAGGAAUCAAGGCGUGUCGAAGUGGCAGGAAAGAAUAUCCACGAGAUACCAUUGUUAUCCACCAGAUUGGACGUGGUCCUUACGUGCCCAGUCUCACGUGCUAUGCUAUUAAAUUAGAGACAUAUUUCCGGAUGGAAGGUAUUCCCUACCAGGUAGAACAUAGUUUAUCUAGGAGAAGCAAGAAAACAGGAAAAAUUCCAUUUUUGGAAUACAACGGAGAAGAAAUUCCAGAUAGCGAGUUUAUACUUGAGUUCCUCAGUAAGGAGAAGAAUUUUGACUUGAACAAGGGUCUAACCCCGGAACAGAUUGGAAUUGGCAGAGCCUUCCAGAAAAUGUUUGAGGAAAAUACGUAUUGGUGUCUUGCGGCAGAUCGAUAUGUUCUUGACGAAACCAAUGGAGUUUGGAAGAAUUAUAAAAUCCCUUCACUUUUGGCGCUAUUUUUGAAGCGUGGUUUACGCAAAAGGUUUUACGAACAAGGUGUAUUACGUCAUACACCAGAGGAAAUACGUCACAUUUUGUCGACAGACCUCAAAGCACUGUCCUAUUUCCUCGGAUCGAAGAAAUUUCUGUUCGGUGACAAAGCGUGCAAAUUUGACUGUUCAAUCUUUGGAAUCCUGGCAGAGAUGAAAUGGGCAUCAUUUGGAGGUUUUUCAUUAUCCGUCAUAAAAGAGUACCCCAACCUCUGUGACUACUGUGAGCGUAUGAAGGAAGCGUUUUGGCCGGACUGGGAGGAGAUUAUACAGAAAGACUGUACCAAGUAAUGCCGGGCUAAUAAAAAUGACUUUACUCACCGUAUAAAGGUGGCCCAAUACUGUUGUACAAUUUUGAAAUCUGAUACUCGGCUGUUUCGCUUGUUUAGACAAACAUAUUCUGUCUGGAGCUUUUUAUUAUUUAGCUAUUGUCUGAUGAUCGAAGUGUCUACUACAGAACUCCCGUGUUUUGACUGAAGUGUCCGGUUUAGAACCAAGCUCAGUGUUUAAUGAGACUGAAGUGUCCGGUUUAGAACCAAGCUCAGUGUUUAUUGAGACUGACGUGUCCGGUUUAGAACCAAGCUCAGUGUUUAUUGAGACUGACGUGUCCGGUUUAGAACCAAGCUCAGUGUUUAUUGAGACUGAAAUAUUCAGUCUUGUUUGAUUCUCCAUGACUUGAUGACUGAUAUACCUAGUUGAUAAGACAGAAGUUAGUUUUAUUUUGUUAUAAAAGUAUUUAUUAAACUGUAGUU